CAGCAGCUGCAGGUGAUGUCACUUCCGCCGGAAACGGUGAGCGCGUCCGCGCGGUUGGCGCGAAAGUCGGUUCGGGGCCUCGGGCACUUCCGGGUUCCGCGUUCGCCUGGGGUGGGGGCGCCGCGGGGUGCGGCGGGUGUGCGCCGGGCUGGCGCCCGACCCCAGCCGCGCUCCCGCUGGCCGCGCGCGCCCCCGCACGCCGCCCCCAAACCCCCGAGCUCCACGGAGUCAAUAAAAGAGUUCCAGUCCGAAGAAUAUCUUCAGAUUAUUACAGAGGAAGAGGCAUUGAAGCUUAAGGAGGAUGACAGAUCACUUUAUAUAUGUGACGCUUUUAGUGGUGGUGUUUUUGAUCACCUCAAAAAGCUUGGCUGCAGAAUUGUUGGUCCUCAAGUAGUUAUAUUUUGUAUGCAGCACCAGCGAUGUGUCCCAAGAGCUGAGCAUCCAGUUUAUAAUAUGGUUAUGUGUGAUGUAACUGUAUCUUGUACAAGCCUGGAAAAAGACAAAAGGGAAGAAGUUCAUAAAUACGUACAAAUGAUGGGUGGACGUGUGUACAGAGACCUGAAUCUAUCAGUAACUCACCUUAUUGCCGGAGAAGUUGGUAGCAAAAAAUACUUAGUUGCUGCAAAUCUAAAGAAACCAAUUUUGCUUCCUUCUUGGGUUAACACACUUUGGGAGAAGUCACAAGAGAAUACAAUAACUAGAUAUACUGAUAUAAACAUGGAAAACUUCAAGUGUCCUAUUUUUCUUGGUUGCAUAAUCUGUGUGACUGGCUUGUGUGGCUUAGAAAGGAAGUCAGUUCAGCAACUUACAGUUAAGCAUGGAGGCCAAUAUAUGGGACAGUUGAAAAUGAAUGAAUGUACACACCUCAUUGUGCAAGAGCCAAAAGGUCAAAAAUAUGAAUGUGCCAAGCGAUGGAAUGUACACUGUGUGACCACACAGUGGUUUUUUGAUAGUGUUGAGAAAGGUUUUUGUCAGGAUGAAUCCAUGUACAAGACAGAACCUAGAGCAGAAACAAACACUAUGCCUGAUACUUCAACUCCUGUUGGCCAGAUCAACACAAUUAAUAGUCGUACUCUUUCAGAUGUCAGCAAUAUUUCCAACAUCAAUGCAAGUUGCAUAAAUGAAUCGAUAUAUAAUUCCAUUCUUAAUAGCAAAGUGGAGCCUCUACUUGAAAAUCUAGAAAAUCUGGAUGUCAGUGCAUUUCAAGCACCUGAAGAUUUAUUAGAUGGUUGUCGGAUAUAUCUUUGUGGUUUUAGUGGCAGAAAACUAGAUAAACUGAGAAGGCUUAUUAACAGUGGAGGUGGAGUUCGUUUUAACCAGCUCAAUGAAGAUGUGACUCACGUUAUUGUGGGAGAUUAUGAUGAUGAAUUGAAGCAGUUUUGGGAUAAAUCAGCCCACAGGCCUCAUGUAGUGGGAGCAAAAUGGUUGCUGCAAUGUUUUAGUAAAGGUUAUAUGCUUCCUGAAGAGACAUAUAUCCAUGCCAAUUACAAACCAGUGGAAAUUCCAGUUUCAGAUCAACCUGAAAGUAAAACAGUCCUUUUAAAAAAGAACAACAGCUUCUCCAAGAAUGACUUUGUUUCUGCUGAAAAGCAUGAGCAAGCUGAUGAAGAUCUGCUUUCUCAAUACGUAAAUAAUAAUGCAACAGUCGUUGAAGCUGCAAAGUCUGAAGUUGGGGCCUUGAAUGACAUCACUCAUGCUGAGCCCAGUAAUGAUUCUACUCACAUUUCUCUGCAAGAAGAAAACCAAUCUUCUGUCAGUCACGGCCCCCCUGAUUACUCCACAGUUAUUACUGAAGAAGGUUUAUUCAGCCAAAAGAGUUUCCUUGUUUUGGGUUUUAAUAAUGAAAAUGAGUCUAACAUUGCAACUACCAUAAGAGAAAAUGCUGGAACAACUGUAUCCCUUCAGAGCAGAAUUGUUGCCGAUUAUGCUGUGGUUCCUCUGCUGGGGUCUGAAAUAGAAGCAACUGUGGGAGAAGUUGUUACAAAUACGUGGCUGGUAACUUGUAUAGAGUAUCAGACUUUAAUGGAUCCCAAGUCAAGUCCUCUCUUCAAGCCAAUCCCAGUAAUGGCAGGAAUGACUCCUUUAGAGGAUUGUGUUAUUUCCUUCAGCCAGUGUGUGGGAGCAGAAAAGGAUUCAUUGACAUUCUUAGCAAAGUUCCUUGGAGCAAGCGUUCAAGAAUUCUUUGUUCGCAAAUCCAAUGCAAAGAAAGGCAUGUUUGCUAGUACACAUCUUGUGUUGAAAGAACCAAGUGGUUCUAAAUAUGAAGCUUCCAAGAAGUGGAAUUUACCGGCGGUUACUAUAGCAUGGCUGUUGGAGACUGCUAGACUGGGAAAGAGAGCGACUGAAAACCAUUUUCUGAUUGAAAAUUCAACUAAAGCAGAGCAAAGCUUAGAAACUGAAAUAACAAAUGGGGUGAAUCUAAACUCAGAUGCUCCGGAGCACCCGGCCACGAGCCUGGAAACUCACAGGAAAGCAGCUGUGACUCCGUUAGAUAUGAACCGCUUUCAGAGUAAAGCUUUCCGAGCUGUGAUCUCGCAGCACACGGGGCAGGCCCCACAGCCCGCGCCCACAGCUCAGCCGCUGCAGAAGGAGCCCUCGUUAGACCUGGACACGCCGUCGAAAUUCCUGUCCAAGGACAAACUCUUCAAGCCUUCCUUUGAUGUAAAGGAUGCACUGGCAGCCUUAGAAACCCCAGGAGGGCCUAGCAAAAAGAAGAGGCGACUGAGCACACCGCUCUCCGAAGUCAUUGGCAGAAACUUGAAGCUUGCCUUGGCAAAUAGCUCCCGAGAUGCUGUGGCUCUUUCUGCCAGCCCGCCACUGAAGGAUGCUCAGUCAGAGAAGGAAGAAGCUCCAAAGCCACUUCACAAGGCGGUGGUAUGUGUUAGUAAGAAACUCAGUAAGAAGCAGAGUGAGCUGAACGGGAUUGCGGCUUCUCUAGGAGCAGAUUACAGGUGGAAUUUUGAUGAGACAGUGACUCAUUUCAUCUAUCAAGGGCGGCAGAAUGAUGCUAAUCGAGAAUAUAAAUCUGUAAAAGAAAGAGGAAUACACAUUGUUUCAGAGCACUGGCUUUUAGAAUGCGCCCAGGAGAAUAAGCACCUUCCCGAAUCUCUGUAUCCACACACGUAUAAUCCCAAAAUGAGCUUGGAUAUCAGUGCAGUGCAAGGUGACAGACUCUGUAAUAGUCAACUACUCUCAGCUGAUGGGACAACAAAGAAUGGUGAGCCAGAACAUUUGCCUGUAGAAGAAAAUGAUAUAGAUAAUAUGACCACUAGUAACAAAGAUGUAGCAACAUUAAAUGGAAAUAGAAGCAAUGACUCUAAAGGAGCACUGACACAGACCUUCGAGAUGAGAGAGAAUAUCCAAAAGCAGCUUCAGGAGAUAAUGUCUGCAACAUCAAUAGUGAAGCCCCAAGGGCAAAGGACCUCCCUUUCCAGAAGUGGUGGUAACAGUGCUUCUUCAACCCCCGACAGCGCUCGCUCCGCCCGCAGUGGACGAAGCCGAGUCCUGGAGGCCCUGAGGCAGUCUCGUCAAACAGUGCCUGAUAUCAACACAGAGCCCUCCCAGAACGAACAGAUCAUUUGGGAUGACCCUACAGCCAGAGAGGAGAGGGCCAGGCUUGCCAGCAAUUUGCAGUGGCCAAUUUGCCCCACACAGUACUCCGAACCUCAGGUUGACAUUAGAAAUUUGGAGGAUUCUCCUUUCCAGGAGCCUUUCCAAUGUUUGAAAACUGCUGAACAGGCUGUCUGUGAUCCUGGAAACGUGCAUGUGACUGAAGCUCCAAAACACCCCCGCUCUGAACUGGAAACCCCAACAAAAGACAGCCACCUGAUCCCGACGCCUCAGGCCCCCAGCAUUGCGUUCCCCUUGGCCAACCCACCAGUGGCUCCACACCCGAGAGAAAAGAUAACAAUAGAGGAGACUCGUGAAGGCUUAAAAAAACAGUAUACAUUCCAGUUGUCAUCUCUGAAUCCUCAAGAACGUAUUGAUUAUUGUCAUCUGAUCGAGAAACUAGGUGGACUGGUAAUAGAGAAGCAGUCCUUCGAUCCCAGCUGCACCCAUAUUAUUGUGGGACAUCCGCUUCGAAAUGAGAAGUAUUUAGCCUCAGUGGCGGCUGGGAAGUGGGUUCUUCAUCGCUCCUACCUGGAAGCCUGCAGGACGGCUGGGCGUUUUGUGGCGGAAGAAGACUAUGAGUGGGGAAGUAGUUCCAUCCUUGAUGUUUUGACUGGAAUCAGUGCCCAGCAGCGCAAACUAGCACUUGCAGCGAUGAGGUGGAGGAAAAAGAUCCAGCAGAGUCAAGAGUCGGGCGUUGUUGAGUAUUUAUUGGUGGUUUACUGUGUGCCAGACAUGGCUGUGUUUCAGAGGAUUCUGAGACAGCACUGUGGCAGAAUAAAGGGGGCAUUUAGCGGGUGGAAAGUUAUCUUACAUGUUGCUGAUCAGAACCGAGAAGCCGGAUUCAGACGGCUGCUUCAGUCUGGAGGAGCAAAGGUGCUACCUGGUCAUUCUGUGCCUUUAUUUAAAGAAGCCACACAUCUCUUUUCUGACUUUAAUAAACUGAAACCAGAUGACUCAGGACUUAAUAUAGCAGAAGCUGCUGCCCAGUACAUGUACUGCUUGAAAACAGAAUACAUUGCCGAUUACCUCAUGCAGGAAACCCCUCCUCCAGUAGAAAAUUACUGUCUCCCAGAAGCUGUUGCUUUCCUUCAGAAUUAUAGGGAACUAGGGUCUGGAUUAUCACAAAAGAGAAAAGCGCCUCCAGAGAAGAAUAACACCAAACGGCCCCGAGUGAACUGACGGCACCUGCUCUUCAUUUCCAAACCACAGCAGCGCAUUUCAUUCCGAGCCUCGUUCAGAGCCUGAACGUUCUGUGGUGAUUCGUGAAGAGCUCGCUCGGCGUGGAAGGAUGGAUGACCCAGCUUGAAGUCAGUUUUUAACACUUGAAAUUUCAAUCAGUGGAAUAUUAACUGUUCCUGAAGUAACAACACACAACCCCUCAGCCAGCUGGUCACUAAAACAAAAAGGGGGCUUUUUAUGUGUUUUCUUGUCAAUACCGGAGGCUGUAGCUUAGUGGGAGUUUUAUUAGCAAGGUGAUGGAUUUUGCUUAAACUGUCUGCUUUAAUUGAUAACAAGGAAGUUCAUUGGGAUUUAUUCAUGUUUUCCUGAUUUUUAAAUUCUCACCAUUUUACCUCUUUUUAACAGGAGCCUGAGCACAAGGUUUAAUGAGGGCUUUAAACUCAAAAUGUGUGUGUAUAUAUGUAUAUGUAUGUUUGUACAAAUCUCCAUGAUGUUUGCUAAGUUCGGAUGUCAAACUUAGAAAAUAAAGACAAUAAAGAAUAAAAGUCAUACAUUUUUUAAAAGAA